AUGUAUAAGGGCAAAUGCGGAUCAACUAGUGGCGUUGGCAUUAUAGUGUCAUCCAAGUUUGAGGAUAAUAUCUCUGAAGUGCAAAGAUAUGAUGAUCACGUGAUGAAGACUGUGAACACACAGAUGGCAGAAAAAUCCACUUUUUCAGUGCCUACGCUCCAUAAACUAACCAAGCAGCUUCCAUCAAGGACGCCUUUUGGAGGACGGUUGAUGCAAAGAUUGCUGAAAAAGGAUGAACAAAGCACUCAUGGUAGGCAUGGAUUCGGAGAAAAGAAUGACGACGUUCAGCAUAUCCUCAAUUUCUCAGAAGCUCAUAACUUGGCAAUUGCGAACACAUGGUUCAAAAAGCGUGACUCACAUCUAAUCACGUAUUACAGUCGCACUAACGCCAUGCAGAUCGACUACAUCCUCGUGAGACGCCGUGAUCUCAAAGAUGUGCUUGAUACAAAGGUCAUCCCCUAUGAAACAGUUGCGACACAACACCGUCCAUUGAUCUUUGAAGAAAGCUGGGAGAAAGGGAAAGAGUCUGCUCACGAAGCUGCACAUACAAGUCUUGGGACAACACAACCAGGACAACAGGAAUCGAUAGAGAUACAUGGCUUUGGAAUGACACUGUCGAAGACGUGGUACACACAAAGAAACCAUUAUACCUUGAGAGAGCGGGACUUACAUCGACUCGCUAAAGCAAGACUUCACAAUUCAGAAUAUGUUCAUCGGUUCUAUGGAGUCAGUGAUGGUACUGGUAAUCUACUAGUUCACUGGAAGAAGUCCAGAGAACGAUGGUGCAGCUACUUCAAGAAGAUCUCAACAGAAGAGUUCCCCCAUCCACCAAUACCCACCGGCAAUGCUGCUGAAGGGCCCACAGGCAUGGUGAUGCUCUGCUGCCAAUUAUUUGAUGCUUGUCCAUCAUCAGUGGGCGGUUUACGCCUUAAUUUGCAGAAAACCGAAGCUAUAGUGGCACUGCUACGCAUGUUAAGUGUGUAUGCAUUAUCGCUAUGUAAGCCACUUACAUAA